CAGGAUUGCCCAGACUUAGAGGCGCGGUUUCGCCUAGCAGGCUAGGUUGCCGGUUGUGUUGCGAAGGUAGCCCUGUGACGUCUGUGAUGCUGCAGUGAUGGGGAGAGGGGAGUGAGGCCGGUGACCGGGCUACAGCGGGGGAGGUGGAGGAGAGUGAUAACGUGGGACAGGCGUGUAUAUGGGUGUAGCCUGCGCCGGAAUGGCUGUGCCCCUUGCCGUUGUUGGGGGUGCAUAGAGGUGACCCGACCUUCCCGUUUAAUGAAGAGAAGACUCUCCUCCCUGUUAAUGAGCCGGGAAUUGGCCAUGUCUCCAGCCGGUAUCCGGGAGCACUGAGCCUCUGGGUAAAUGGAAGUCUCCUCUGGGAGCCAGAUGAUAUCCAGUGACAUAAGAUUUGCUUAGCAGCUCCAACACCAACUGCAAUGAGUGGAGGAGGGGAGCAGCCGGAUAUCCUCAGUGUAGGAAUCCUAGUCAAGGAAAGAUGGAAAGUGCUACGCAAAAUUGGUGGUGGUGGCUUUGGAGAGAUCUACGAUGCCUUGGAUUUGCUCACAAGAGAGAAUGUAGCCUUAAAGGUGGAAUCGGCCCAGCAACCAAAGCAGGUCCUGAAAAUGGAAGUUGCUGUCUUGAAGAAACUUCAAGGGAAAGACCAUGUAUGUCGAUUUAUUGGAUGUGGGAGAAAUGACCGAUUUAACUAUGUAGUCAUGCAACUGCAGGGUCGCAAUCUGGCAGAUCUACGCCGCAGCCAAUCCAGAGGUACUUUCUCUAUUAGCACUAUGCUGCGUCUUGGCCGUCAGAUCUUGGAAUCCAUAGAAAGUAUCCAUUCUGUUGGUUUCUUACACCGAGAUAUAAAACCGUCCAACUUUGCCAUGGGGCGUUUUCCAAGCACCUGCAGGAAGUGUUACAUGCUGGAUUUUGGGCUCGCACGGCAAUUCACCAACUCCUGUGGGGAUGUCCGGCCACCACGAGCUGUUGCUGGAUUUCGUGGGACAGUUAGAUAUGCCUCAGUAAAUGCACACAGGAACCGGGAGAUGGGUCGACAUGAUGAUCUGUGGUCUCUUUUUUAUAUGCUGGUAGAAUUUGUUGUGGGCCAGCUGCCCUGGAGGAAAAUAAAGGACAAGGAACAAGUUGGUUCAAUCAAGGAACGGUAUGAGCAUCGCCUAAUGCUGAAACAUCUUCCCCCAGAGUUUUCAGUCUUUCUUGAACAUAUCAUUGGGUUAGACUAUUUUACCAAACCAGAUUAUCAGCUACUUGUAUCUGUCUUUGACAAUAGCAUGAAGACGUUUGGGGUACUGGAGAGCGAUCCAUUUGACUGGGAAAAGAGUGGCAGUGAUGGCUCUUUAAUUACAACAACAACAUCAACUACCCCUCAGCUUCACACUCGCCUGACUCCUGCUGCCAUUGGAAUCGCAAAUGCCACCCCUAUUCCUGGAGAUUUGCUGCGUGAAAACACAGAUGAGGUCUUUCCAGACGAGCAGUUUAGUGAUGGAGAAAAUGGAAUCCCAGUUAUAGUUUCCCCAGAGAAAUUACCUGGAUCUCCAAAUCAUCAGCGUCUGCAGGAAAAAGAUGUCUGGGAGGAAAUGGAUGCUAAUAGAAACAAAAUAAAAAUGGGUAUUUGCAAGGCAGCUACAGAGGAUGAAAAUAGUAAUGGUCAAGGAAAUGGUCACGCACCAAGCCUUGGUUCUCCCAUUCGUGUCCGAUCAGAGACAGCCCAGGACCGAGAUGUUCCACUUUUGCGCAAAUUGCGCACCAUUCAUAGCUUUGAGUUGGAGCGGCGUAUGACUUUAGAGUCCAAGCCAGAUGCUGACAAAUUCUUGGAUAACUGUCCUGAAAAACCACAGAGAGAAACAAACACAGGAGGACCACUUGCUGAAGGAAGCUGUGCUUCACCCCGGCAGUCUAAAAAGACAGUUCCCCCAACUGCCCAAGCAGAUCAUGCCUGGCAUUAUGACGAUGAGUAUAUCCCAGAGGGCUCAAAACCUGGGUCUGCCAGUUCUCCAGAGCAUCUUGAUGGUGCAGGUAGCAAUGGCUUUGUAGCAGUUAAUCUAAGCUCCUGCCGGCAGGAGGUUGAUUCUAAAGAGUGGGUUAUAGUGGACAAAGACCGUGAUUUGAAGGAUUUUGGUACAAAUCAAGGUCAAAAGCUAACAGGAAGUCCAUCUGAAGAGGAACCUGAAGUUCUUCAGGUGCUGGAUGACUCUCCUCAAGAAUAUAAUGCCAAACUGAGCCCGUGGACAGAUAAUAAUACCCAUAAUAAACUAGAUCCAGCUGUGAGACUUGAAGUGGUGACUUCUACAGGGCCUUUUACAGAUAGGUUGGAUCCCAUGUCAGCUACUGCUGGGCAGUUGCUUGCCGCCACUCCAACAAGUCUAAUGGAAGCUCAAGCUGAAGGAGCUCUGACUCCACGUGAUGCAUCUCACAUGCUGCUUUCUUCCAACACAAGACAUCAAAGCUCUUUCAUGCUCUUCACAAGCCCUGUAACAUCCCAGUCCUGUCGCUCAGAAUUUCAACAAAAGAAAGAGGUUGGUAUUGCCAAGAGUCAGUCAGCAGAGACCUACUCCACUUCCUAUCGUUCUGCUGGCCGCAGGAAGCUGCCUGACACUCCUCAUAGUGGCACCAAGUUACCCUCUGUAAUUCGAAUAACUAAAUCGCAGAUGACAAUGCCCCGACCUUCAGCGACAUCUACACAGUCUGCUUCAGAAAGCUUUCCUUAUGGCCCAAAUUUAGAAAAGCGAGAUCGGGACCUUCAGGACAUGCUUUCUCCACAGGAUAACUUAACCUUGUACAGAUCGUUAGAGGAUGGGGUAACCUGUGCAAACAUGGCUUUGCAUUUAGAUAAGACUAGCCAAGAGAAAACAUGUGUCAAGAAUCAAAUUAAAGGCCAAACAAAUGAGUGUGAUAACUUGUUGGGAAAUAAACAUUGUGUUGAGACUCCUGUUAAAUCUUAUUCAAGCCCUCUACUUAAUCACCUCAAUGCCAACAAAGAACAGAGUGAUAAAGUAGCACGGCCACAGGAGUGUGCAUCUCUAGAGCAGAGUAGGCCUCUUGGGGAUGUCUACCCAGCUACUGUAGCACCACGAACUUCAGGUUCUGUGCCAAAUGAAGCCUCACUUAUUGAUGUACAGAAGCCAGAAGCAGCUCAGACUGUUAUCAUUUCAUCUAAACAAGCUGAUGAUUACAUGGAAUUGUGUAUUGUGAGUCCACUGAAAGACAUUCAACAAAAUGGUUUUCAUAACGUAAAAGACAUUGUUGUAACUAAUGGCUUCCUCGACCACAAAAUGAACGUGCCUGUGUUGUUAAAUGAAGAAGGCAACGAAGACCAAAAAAAUGGGGAGCAGUUGCAUAUAAGUGACAUGUCUCAGCAGUUAAAGAAAGAUUAUGCUAAGUCUAGACACAGCAGAAUUCCAGUUUUAGCUCAGGAGAUUGAUACAGCAUCUGAUUCAUCUUCUGCUAUCUCCGCCAAGGAGAAGCUUUUUCUGAAAAAGGCACAUCAGACAGAUCUGGCAAGGCUAUUAAUGGAAAAAAGGCAGAUAAAAUCAUUUUUUGGCGACCUCUCAAGUGCCUCAGACAAGUCUCUGGAAGAAAAAUCAUCACCACCAGCUGUACAGUUAUCAGAUGAUGAUAAUUUUUCUUAUCCUAAAGUGAUCACAGAUUCUAAUGUAGUCAAGCUGUCUGAGGAUGGGACUAUUACAUCGCACAGCCCUCCAUCAAGGAAGAGCAAGAUUCCACGUCCAGUAUCGUGGACUAGUAAUGACCAAAUUACCAGUUCUCCCACUACUCAGUUCCUUCCCAGGCCACCACCUGGAAAACCACCUACCCGCCCUGGGGUAGAAGCCAGGAUACGACGGUACAAGGUUUUGGGGAGUGGAAACUCUGAUUCAGACCUGCUCUCCCGCCUUGCUCAGAUUCUUCAAAAUGGUUCCCGUUCCCAGAAAUCCCGCAGCUCUUCCCAGUGUAAGAGUCCAGGAUCACCCCACAGCCCUAAAACACCUCCAAAAAGCCCUGUAAUUCCCAGACGUAGUCCAAGCGCCUCCCCUAGGAGCUCCUCCUUGCCUAGAACCAACAGCUCAUCAUCUUCAAGAGCUGGACGAACACAUUACCAUGAUCCCAGAAGUUCUUCCCCACAUGUGGGCCGAAGCAAGUCUCCACCCAGUCUUUCCGGUUCUUCUUCUUCAAGGAGGUCCUGUCAGGACCAUUGCUGCAAUAAACAGAGUAAAAACAUUUCCAAAGGUCCAGGAAGUGGACAUCAUCUCACAAGCAGCAAAACCAGUCGAGCAAAGUCCUCCUCUCGAGAAAGCAAAGUGUCAAAUAAACUCAGCAGAUAGUAACUAGGCUUUUGCAAGCUUUUUAUUGAUCAUAUGAGAUUUCCCCACCCUAUUGUAAUGCAUGUUCUGUAUGUUGAUAUUUAUUUAGCUGAAAAUAAAAUCAGUGUUGGGCUAAAUGUUCUAAAGAGAAUAGACCUGAAAGCAACUGGAAUAUUUCCUUGAGAGCAGAAAUCUGUAGGGUGUAGUUAUUUAAAAAAAAGAUUUUUUUGGCUUUGCCAAUCUUUGCCAAUAAAUAGAUAAAAACAACACAACUUGGCUGUACCAGGCAUGAAUUAUAUAGUAUAACGUCAUUUACUAAUGGAAGGCAGCACUGUGUGAAAUGCCUUUCUGGUUUGGCUUAGAUUGAUUAGAACCUUUAAGCAGGGUUCAUAAAGGUAUAGGAAUGCUUUUCAAUGAAUAAUGACCUUUCUAGAAAACAUAAGCAGUAAUCCAGAGGCUUGCUUCUGAGGCUACACAACACUGCGUGCCACUUUUUGUUUUUAAGUUAGGGAUGUGAGAAGUAUGCUAGUUCCCAUGCUUUUUUUUUUUUCUUUUAAUUUUAAACAAAUAUCCUAUUAAUGUUGCUUGUCUAUGCAAUGGUGAAUGCAACAUGAUGUCUCAGAGUUCUGCUUACAGAAUAAACAAGGGAUGUGUCUGCCAAAGUGAUGUCUGUAGCAUGUGGCAUGAGGGGUUUGUUCUGUAAGGAGAAUGGCUUGUGCACUGCAGCAUGCCUACUUACACAAGGUACGUUGUACAUUUUAAAAGAUACAUCACACACAUUUUUAAUUAAACACCAUUUAAAAGCAUUUGUUAACUGGCUGUACUUCAACCUGUGCCUCUGCAGCACUGCUGAACUUCCCAGCUUUUCCAAAAAGUCUUUAGAUUUGUAGUUAAAGCAGGAGAGAGCCACAGGUUCAAGGUCUCUGCCAGAUACAUUUCUAAUGCCACUGGCUCUUGUUUCCCCUAGUAUUAUUCACUGGUUAUAUGUAGCAGCAAAUUUUGUCUAUCCAGUUCUGUGAAUAUAAGUGAUCACAAAAGCCUCAAAGCAAGGUUGCAUUGCCUCAGGGAACCAGAAUGUGUAAGAGCUCAUUAGCUGUUCUUUCUUAUAUCAUUGGUUUGCAGAGUUCUCCUUGGGUACCAGUGCACAUAUUAGGCCUUCAGAUGCCACCUU